AUAUGCUGCUCAACUCGUAGAAACAGUGGGCAGCUGUCGAAUUUGUGUGUUUAGCGGCAAACUGAAGCCAGCGUUUACAGAAAAGGAAGAGGAAAAGAGGUUCAAGAGAAAACCUGUAAUACAAACUGGGAAAAGAAUUAGUUUCCAACAAUGCAAUUGACUGUGUGCGAACCCUCCGCCAUGUCUGAAGCUGUGGUGAUGGAGCCUCCCAGAGCAGACGGCCUCCUGGAGUCUUCCUGCGGCGGGGGAAACAGUGCGGCCUCCCUCGAUGAUGACAUUGUGGAUACAGCAAAUGAGUCUUCAGAGGAAGAGUCCACCGGGGAAAGGGAUGAGGAGACCGGUGCACACAAUGAAGUCACCUGCAGCGCUGCGACUACAGAGGUCCCCGCUGCACACGCCUCAAACACACAGACAGCGAAAGCCCAGCGCCCGAACUCCCUGUCAGUGCCAGCAGCAGGAGAGCCCGGCCUGUGGACCUCACAGGGGGAUGCAGAGGUAAAACUGAGGAUGGGGGACUCUGGCCUGGCUGCGGAGACCCCUUUGACCAUCAACCAGAUGUUCACCUCAGCUGUGGAGCGCUUUGGCGACUACACAGCUCUGAGCUGGAAGGAGGCCGAGCAGCAGAAGAGCAUGAACUACAGAGAAUACUACCAGACCUGCCGCACCGCUGCCAAGAGCUUCCUCAAGCUCGGCUUGCAGCGCUACCACGGCGUCGGCAUCCUGGGCUUCAACUCCACAGAGUGGUUCAUCUCUGACAUUGGAGCCAUUUUGGCAGGUGGGUUUGCUGUGGGCAUCUAUACCACCAACUCUCCUGAGGCAUGCCAGUAUGUAGCAGAAAACUGCAGGGCUAAUAUCAUUGUGGUGGAGAACCACAAACAGCUGCAGAAGAUCCUUCAGGUUGAAGACAAGCUGCCACACCUGAAAGCCAUUAUCCAGUACAAAGAUGCACUAAAAGAGAAGAGACCAAAUCUGUACACAUGGGCCGAGUUCAUGGAGCUCGGACGUGACGAGCCCGACGAACCCCUCGACGCCAUCAUCUCCAGCCAGAAGCCCAACCAAUGCUGCACGCUCAUUUACACCUCAGGAACCACAGGGCAGCCCAAAGGAGUCAUGCUCAGUCACGAUAAUCUUACAUGGACUGCGCUCUCCACCAGCCGUCAUGUACACCUGACAGACGCCACUCAGGCUCAGGAGGUGGUGGUCAGCUACCUGCCGCUCAGCCACAUCGCUGCUCAGAUGGUCGACAUCUGGGUCACCAUGAAGGUCGGAGGGGUGACACACUUCGCUCAGCCAGAUGCACUGAAGGGCUCUCUGGUAAACACCUUGAAGGAGGUGCGUCCCACAGCCUUCAUGGGCGUCCCACGUGUCUGGGAGAAGAUGCAGGAGAAGAUGAAGUCUGUCGGAGCCAAGUCUUCGACUGUGCGCAGGAAGGUGGCUGCCUGGGCCAAAGAUGUCGGCCUGCAGACUAAUCUGACCAAGAUGGCUCAAAACGGCCGCACACCAUUCAGCUAUCACAUAGCCAAAAAGCUUGUGUUCAAAAAGGUGCGUAAGGCCUUGGGCCUGGACCGCUGCAACAAGUGCUACACAGGCGCUGCUCCCAUCACCAAAGAUACCCUGGAGUUCUUCCUCAGCCUGGACAUUCCUCUGUACGAGCUGUACGGCAUGAGCGAGAGCACCGGACCUCACACCAUCUCCAUCCCUGAAGCUUUCAAACUCACCAGCUGUGGUAAAGAGAUCCCAGGGUGCAAGACGAAGCUCCACAACCCGGACGAGGAGGGAAAUGGCGAGAUCUGCUUCUGGGGGCGUCACGUCUUCAUGGGUUACCUCAACAUGCCCGAUAAGACGGAGGAGGCUCUCGAUGCAGAGGGCUGGCUGCACUCAGGUGACCUGGGCAAACACGACAAUAAAGGAUUCCUCUUCAUCACCGGAAGAAUUAAAGAGCUGAUCAUCACAGCAGGAGGUGAAAACAUCCCUCCGGUUCCCAUCGAGGAUGCGGUGAAAGAGGCCGUGCCGCUGAUUAGUAAUGCCAUGCUGAUCGGAGACAAGAGAAAGUUUCUGUCUAUGCUGCUCACCAUUAAAUGUCAGGUAAACGCAGAGUCAGGCGAUCCAGAGGAUGAGCUGACACCAGAAGCUGUUGAGUUCUGCCGGAGGCUGGGCAGCAACGCCACACACGUCUCUGAGAUCGCCGGCGGCCGAGACCGGGCCGUCCACGCUGCCAUUCAGGAGGGAAUCAACAGAGUCAACGAGAAGGCAACCUCCAACGCUCAGCGCAUUCAAAAGUGGAUCGUUCUGGAUCGGGAUUUCUCCGUUACAGGAGGAGAGCUCGGCCCGACCAUGAAACUGAAGCGGCCGGUGGUGGUGAAGAUGUACAAAGACCAGAUCGAGAACUUUUACAAAGAGCUGGCAACUCCAACGACCCCCGACAACCCUCUGCCUCCCAAAUAGAGCUGCUCUUCCACCUGCAGGGAGAUCCAGACUGCCUCCACCUCAUUUAUCCACCCUCUCCCUCCUGCAUUCUUCUCUUGUGAAACUCUUUUCAUUGCCUUAAGUUUUGGUCGUUCUGUCUUGUUUACAUUUGUGGGUGUUGUACAAGAGGAAAGCAAAAAUAAGAAGCCAUUGUAAAAUAGCUUUAUGAUUUUGAAUUCAACUAUUUAUUUGGACGAUCUGACAGAUGAAGUAGCUGCAGCUGUACGUAAGAAAAGUUGUUUAUUGCACUGCUUUACUUGAGAUAAAGAGACGGAGAAUCCAAAAAAAAAUAGAUGUUUGUGAAGGAAUAACUUGUGUUUUUUGAACAUGUUCUUUAUUUAUUUUUGGUUUUGCCAAAGUGUAGGUGGGCCAAAUGAGCUUCAAAUGAAGAAAUGUGUGUAGAAAAGACCUCAUGUGAAAUUCAGCAAUCAUAUCCAACGUUCACUGGCCUUUAACAUGUACUUGGUGGUUUUUGCUUGUCUUUGAAAGCCUGCUUUCAAAGAAAAUUAUCAUUUCUAAGCAUCCAAAUAUUGUGUUUCAAACUGUAAAAACACGUCAUUGAAGCCAUAUCUAUUGCCUUUUGUAACUGUAAUGUCGACCAUUGUUGUGUAUGCCUACACACCUGCCUGGUCCUGUUGAAAUGAUUUCCAGCAGUCCUUCUGUGUGUAGACCUGCUGUGAUUUUGUGUUAUAAUGUAAAUAUGUCUUGCCUACAUCAUCAUCAUCUUUCAUUUGUCUUUAUUUGAUUUCAUUUUGUAGUUGAUUUAUUCAGCAGCCCGGAAAUCUCAUAUUUCUCUUUUUUUUUUUGCACUCAAACAUGGAAGAAGUGUAACAGGAAUGGAAAAUGUAUAUAAGUUAGAUUAUAUGUAGGUUUAUGGCAAAUAUAUCAACUACUUUAGAGGUGUCUGUAGUGGUCUGUUUCUAUCUUUUAUGCAUCACACAUAGAAAUGCUCUCCAAGAUCUGGUGACCCCGCCUUUCGCCUCCUUUAUGACGUUUCACACAUCUUCAAAAUAAAACAUUUUGAGCAAGUAAAAGAAGCUGUUGCAGUCCAAAGAGCCGAUCUUGUAAAUAAGCAUACCAUGGCGUAGCCAUUUGUAGCACUCACAGUUCAAAGUGAAGGUUUGCCAGACGUGGUUCUCUCAAAGUGACUGAAGUUCAGGUUAAACAAAAUGGCAAUUUUGACGUGUGUGUGUGUGUAUGAAGUUAACUAAGGAAAUGAUGGUGAUUCCGUGUGUCAGGGCGCCUGAGAGCCUUGCUGCCUUCUGUUUGUACAGCAUCGUGAAGCUUAUAAUCUCCAUUCAACACAUCAAGUUAAAUCUUGGAGCAGGUUUUGUAUCUAAGUACUAGAGCAUGAUAUCAAUGACGGUUUAAUUACAACACUUUAUUAUGAAGGACUAUUCUGC